AUGUUCCCCUCACCUGCAAACCCCACACCUGGUAAACCACCUAUCAUUAUCGCGGCGCCGCCACCACCGAGCUUCCUUGUAGCAGCUCAAGCAUCCCAACUUCAAAACAACCCGCCUCCGCGCCGACUUGUCACCAUUCUGCAGCAUCUCGAAGACUCCAAACCGCAACGCAGUUACAACCGCGCGUAUCCACCCUCCAGCCGCCUUGCGCAAUACCGUUGUCGCCGAGGGCCGUCCAUGAUGGCGAGCCCGGCGCUCAACUUCAUCACCUUCAAUCAGGACUACAGCUGUCUUGCUGUUGGUACCUCAAAAGGCUUCCAAAUCUACCACACCGACCCAUUCUCUCGCAUUUUUAGCAGCGACGAUGGCAAUAUUGCAAUCAUUGAGAUGCUGUUCUCUACGUCUCUUGUCGCCUUGAUUCUAUCUCCGCGCCAUUUGGUUAUACAAAACACCAAGAGAGCUUCGGUUAUUUGCGAGCUCACAUUCCCUUCUGCCGUUCUCGCAGUGCGUCUCAAUCGGAAACGCCUUGCUGUCGUACUCGAGGAGGAGAUUUAUCUCUACGAUAUCAGCAACAUGAGUCUCAUCUACACCAUACCCACAUCCCCCAAUCCGUCAGCCAUCUGCGCCCUAUCGCCCUCAUCCGAGAAUUGCUUCAUCGCCUAUCCGCUACCGAAACCACGAGAAGAUUCCGAUGUCAGAAGACCUUCUCAUGCGCCACCUCAAUCGACAUAUGUAGCCCCGACUGCAGGCGAUGUUCUCGUGUUCGAUACUCUCACUUUGAAAGCUGUUAAUGUGGUUGAGGCGCAUCGCUCGCCGCUAUGUAGUAUAUGCCUCAACAACGAUGGAACCUUGCUCGCGACAGCUAGUGAGACUGGCACAAUCAUUCGAGUGUUUUCUGUCCCUCGUGGCCAGAAACUGUAUCAGUUCCGGCGCGGCACAUACCCAUCAACCAUCUACAGCAUGUCCUUCAACUUGAGUUCCACGCUACUCUGUGUUUCCUCAACUUCUGAUACCGUCCAUAUAUUCCGUCUGGGAGAACCUCCAGGUGACAGUACUUUAGCGGGUACGUCUAUUGAGCCCCAUGGGUCUCCAAGACGAGAUCGCUGGUCGCGUGCCAGACCACACGAUGAGGGGUGGUCUGCAGGCGACAGUGCCGCCGAGUCACCGAGAAGUGAGGUGGCAGAGCUAUCUGACAAUCCUGGCAAGACUAUAAAUCGAAGACAAAGUGGUUCAUUCAGCAAUAUGCUCCGUCGAUCAUCUCAAAUUAUGGGGCGAGGUGUCGCAGGCGUCAUGGGCACCUAUCUUCCGCAGUCGGUCACCGAGAUGUGGGAGCCCAUGAGAGACUUUGCUUUCAUCAAGAUUCCCAAAUCAAUGGCCUCGCCGAAUAAUUUGCGCUACACAGGCGGCUCGCCUAACGGCCCUUUACGUAGCGUCGUUGCCAUGAGCAGUAGUAGCCCUCAGGUCAUGGUGGUAACUAGCGACGGCGGAUUCUACGUCUAUAAUAUUGAUAUGGAGGAUGGUGGAGAGGGUUAUCUCGUCAAACAAUUCUCUGUUCUCCAAGGAGACGACAAGAUUGACGUUUCGCCCUACGGCGUCUGA